CUACUCGCCCGCUACUUUACAGCGGCUCUCAUGGUUCAAUGGAAUUGGGACCGGAUCCAGGUGUCGAUGACUGACCUGACAAACCACCCGCUCUCCAAAGUGCCUGCGAUGCCCAAGUGACAUAGCAGCCGACCGCGACCUCCAUUCAGCUCACCAUGGAUCGGCCGGAGCCGGGCUUGAUCAAAUGGUCGCCUAAUGCGGCUCUUGACUGCUUUCUUCACAUAAACCUGCAGCAUCGCGUCAUUCAGGUGUAUGAGCCGACCGGUCACGCUCAGCGAGGUCGGUUCCACUGGAAGAAGGUCUCCAAGCAUGACGACUUCCCCCCUCUCACGACAUGCGACUGGUCGCCCUCCAUCCCCGGCCUGCUUGCCGUCGGAACCGCCACCGGCGUUGUCAACCUCCUGCGGAUUGACGAAAGCUCCAAUGCUUAUAUGGAAUUGAAUCUCAAGAUGUCACGGACCUGCCAGGCUGUGGCUUUCAACACGGCGGGCAAGCUCGCCGUCGGCCUGGAUCGAGUACGAAGUGACAACUGUCUCUACAUAUGGGAUGUCAACCGUCUGGCUACCAUGGACUCGGCAUCUUCGGGAUUCCCUACAGAUGCUCUCCCUUUCACCGACCCGAUGGACCGACUCGAGCCCAGCGUGUCUGUGUCGAGUGUGAGGUUCUUCGAAAAUGACCCCAACGUCCUCGUCGCUGGUAUUAAGGGUCAGGGACUCCGUAUACACGAUCUGAGAGACAAACAUGCCGCUGUGAUCACCUUUCAAACCAAGUGCUGCAAUAACCUUGCCAUUGACUACGCAGAUCAGAAUUACUUUGCCUCGUCCGCCUUGGAUCAGCCGGGCAUCAUGGUAUGGGAUCGCCGGGCAUUAUCCCGGUCAAAAUCUUCCGUGUCCUACCUAGAAGCCGUCGACAAUGAUGAUGUGCCCUGGGGUGGAUCCCUGAGACUCAACCGGGCAAUGCAAAUGGAGACGGAUCCCGCUCUAAUGGACAGCAAGAAUUCGUUCAUCCGGUCUCUGAAGUUCUGCCGCGAUCAUCCCGGCAUGCUUGCCGUCUUGUCCCGGACCGGCCAGCUCAAAAUCCUGUCUACCAAGCACGAGAGCGCCGACACGGACAUGAUACCAGAGGGCAGUCCCGAGCUCCUAGAAGUUGUGAAAUCCCACGAUAUGGACCCGCUAUACUCUGAUCCAAGCCGGAAGAAUGAUAAGAUAGUGUCAUUUGACUGGGUUACCUUGAGCUCUCGCGCCCUAAGACCACGCUUGUUAGUACUCAGGGCCAAUGGAGCAUUCGACGUCUUGGAGAAGCCACCUGCAACUUCAGACUAUCUGUACGACUUGAUUCCAUGGAAGCCUCCCCACCGUGGCUUAUCAGAGGGAGGCAGAUAUCACGACCUGAUGGAGUUUGAUAAAUCACAGUCACCAAACAUGCUGGCACCGCUUUUUGUUGAGAAUGCCCUAUCCGAUAUUCCGCUGUUUGGACCAGAUAAAGCAGACGUCGAAGCCCUGGUCAAGUCUGCGUUGCAGAUGUCCACGCGAGACGGCAGCCUCGUAGUCGACGAAGCGGUUCGGCAAAUGCCUGCGUUGGACUUGAAAGGAGCUUCGUCAAUCUCCGAGAAGCUACAGGCGUUGAAACUCUAUUCUCAAGCACACCUGCCACAGGUGGGCGCAAGUCAAGAUGCGGAUACCAAAAAACAACCAAAGAAGCAAGCGGGGGACGAGCCACCCUCACCACGCGAGUGUCAUGAGAGAUUCCUUGAGGAUAGGAUGCAUUCGUUGGGGUUGCCAAGAGAAGGGCACGCAAUCCUGGACAACAUCAUGCUUCUUCGAGCAAGGGAGAUGUAUCUGUUCAACUGUGCAACGAAUCGCAAAAUAGUUGCAGACGACGAAUCCCUUCAAGACGUGUGGGCAUGGGUAGCUGGUCAGUCAUCCCCCCUUUCUGCUCCGAGACUUGGGAGAUUCCGUCCUAGCUCACAACCUUGUCUAGGCGCAGAAGAAGCCGCUGCUGAGGGCGCCAUGAUGUCUCACCCUCUGGAUAUCAGUUACAUGGGUGUUUAUAGCAUAUGGACACACGAUCUCGGUAGCAAACCUGAGAGGAGACUCUCGGGUGGAGCUUCGGAGCCAGACGCGAAUGGCUGGGAGGGCUGCUUGAAUGCCACCUGCAAGAAGCUGGGGGUCCCUAAAUUCGAGACUGUAGAAACCAAACGGCCACAUCACCGGCAGCUGUGCCUCGAGAUGUGCAACUGGGGACGUGGAUCUGAUCCCGACAACAAGGAUGGGGUUGGUCAAGGAGGGAACCAAGACAAAGGUGCAGCUUGGCAUACGAUGACAGCUGCCCAGGCCCUGUUCAGGGGAGAUGCUGCGCAGGCGGUGCAGGUUCUGAAGCGGGCCAGCACAAAACACCCCGAGCUGCUCUUCGUCUCUUUGGCGCUCCAGCUCAUAGGCAAGGGGGACGAGGACUCGUCAAAGGGGGCGCUCGAUUUCGACGAGAGGGUGGCGUCCAAGACGGAUCCCUAUCUCCGCGCGAUAUCCUCCAUCAUAGCCACGGGAGACUGGGCCAACAUAGCGAACCAAAAGUCCCUCCCGCUGCGCGACCGCAUCUUCGUCGCGGUGCGCAACCUCGCAGACGACGCCCUGACCGUCUGGCUCGAGCGGGAGGUCUCCCGCGCCGUCUCGACGGGCGACAUCGGGGCGGUCGUGCUGACGGGCAUCACGGGCCCGCUCGUCGACAUCCUGGCGCGCUACGUGCAGAAGUUCAACGACUACCAGACGGCGACCCUCCUGCUCUCCUUCUGCGCACCGCGCCUCAUCGACGACAUACGCGCCACGGCCUUCCGCAACGCCUACCGCGACUACCUGCAGCGGCACAAGGCCUUCCUCCUGCGCGCCAGGUUUAACGCCGAGAGCACCCGCCGCUCCAAGCACGACGGCCGCCCCACUAUCCGCCCGCCCCCGCGCCAGAUCGCCCUGCGCUGCGUCUACUGCGACGCCGAGACCAGCCUCAGCCGGAACCCCCAGCAGCUGCAGCAGCUGCAGCGGGGCGGCUCCGGCUCGCCCUUGGCGGCGGGCCAGGCUGCCGCGCCGGGAGCCCCGAGCGAGAACCCGCUCACCAGCAAGAUGGUCGGCGGGGGCAUCAGCUGCCACAACUGCAAGCGGCACCUGCCGCGGUGCGCCAUCUGCCUCGAGGUCGUGGGGAUGCCACGCAGCGGUGGUCUGGACAAGAGCAGCGGCAACAGCAACAGCAACAGCGGCAUGGGUGGCAACAACCACAACAGCCACAACGGUGACGAUAAGUCGGGCCUCGGGCCCGCGGCCAGGUUCGCGACCUUUUGCCUCCGGUGCGAGCACGUCCUGCACCUCGACCACGCGAGGCUGUGGUUCGCUAGGCACCGCGAGUGUCCCGUGCCCGAGUGCCGGUGCGAGUGCAACUUUAGGGCGAAUCCGGAGUUGAAUUAUAACUAGGAAGGGGGUUGAAGACGGUAAGGGGUGGUCGUGUGAUGUGUUUGGGACGGUGUAAUGGAAAUAUUGGUUUUGAUUGGGAUGUGGCAUCACGGUACUUGCUUCUUUUUUUGAUCGUUCCAAUGGGGAUUUCUUCUUUUCUAUUUCGAGGAGCAUACCGGGAUGUCUCAGUUGCUGGACA